UCAUUAUAUUGUGUACCAAUGCAACACUCUACUCAGAGUUGGCAACCUAUAGAACCAAAAGUGCUCAAUCAUUUGGAACAUUUAUCUAUUGGUCCACGAAAAUAUAAAUUUUUAAAAAUCCAAAUAGAUCCCAACACUGCAAAAAAGCAUUUUUUAAGUUGGUAUUUCCGAACAGAUGGAAUAAUUCAAUUUGGGGUGUUUUUCGAGCCAUUGAGGAAUGAAAGGAAAGAGAAUAUACAAAAUGGAAAGUAUCUAAAUGGUCAUCACAAUGGAAUAAUUACUCCAGCAACGGGUACUCGUCCUUCUAUCGAAUAUUUUGAAAAUAAUAUGGAAUGGGUAUAUAUGUGGUUUAAAUUAACUGCCAAAAUACACCAUGAGGUACUGUAUAUUUUAUUUUAA